CCCGUCCGUCCGUCCGUGCGCGGCGCGGCCGGGGCUCGGGGCGCGGCGGGGGCGGGGCCGCGGCGGGGCGGGCGGGCGCGCGGGCCCGCGGGGCGGCGCGUGGAUGGAUCCGCGCGUGGCCUGGAUCCAGCCCGAGCAGAAGGGGCCGGCCAAUGCCCUGUGGAUGCAGAUCUGGGAGACCUCGCAGGGCGUGGGCCGCGGCGGCUCGGGCUUCGCGUCCUACUUCUGCCUCAACUCGCCCGCGCUGGACACGGCGGCCGCGGCGGGGGCGGCGGGGCUGGGCGGCGGCGGCGGCCUGGCCGGGCCCGCGCUGCCCGCCGCGUCGCCCCCGUCGCCCGUGCCCGGCCCCACCGCACUGCCCCCCGCGUUGCUGACGGCGCUGGGGCCCGCGGCCGAGGGCGCCCGGCGCCUGCACAAGUCGCCGUCGCUGUCGUCGUCGUCGUCGUCCUCGUCCAACGCCGAGUCGGGCACCGAGAGCCCCGGCUGCUCGUCGUCGUCUUCGAGCAGCGCCUCGCUCGGCCGGGCGGGCGGCGGCCGCGGCGGCGGCGGCGCCUUCUUCCACUUCGCCGACGGCCCGCCGAGCGCCCCGGGCGCGGCCAACGGGCACCCGGGGCCGCGCGGUCCCGCGCCCGCCGGCUCCCCGCCGCAGCACCAGUUCCACCCGGGCCGCCGGAAACGCGAGAACAAGGCCAGCACCUACGGCCUCAACUACCUGCUGUCGGGCAGCCGCGCGGCCGCGCUGAGCGGAGGGGGCGGCCCCGGGCCCCAGGCGCCGCGGCCCGGCACGCCGUGGAAGAGCCGGGCGUACAGCCCGGGCAUCCAGGGACUUCAUGAGGAAAUAAUUGACUUUUAUAACUUCAUGUCCCCUUGUCCUGAAGAAGCAGCCAUGAGACGGGAGGUGGUGAAACGGAUCGAAACGGUGGUUAAGGACCUCUGGCCAGCAGCUGAUGUACAGAUAUUUGGCAGCUUUAGUACAGGCCUCUAUCUUCCCACGAGCGACAUCGACUUAGUGGUCUUUGGAAAAUGGGAGCGCCCUCCUCUGCAGCUGUUGGAGCAGGCCCUGCGGAAGCACAACGUGGCCGAGCCGUGCUCCAUCAAAGUCCUUGACAAAGCGACGGUACCGAUAAUAAAGCUCACAGACCAGGAGACUGAAGUUAAAGUCGACAUCAGCUUUAACAUGGAGACUGGGGUCCGGGCAGCGGAGCUCAUCAAGAAUUACAUGAAGAAAUAUUCAUUGCUGCCUUACUUGAUUUUAGUAUUGAAACAGUUCCUCCUGCAGAGGGACCUGAAUGAAGUUUUUACAGGUGGAAUUAGCUCAUACAGCCUAAUUUUAAUGGCCAUUAGCUUUCUACAGUUGCAUCCAAGAAUUGAUGCCCGGAGAGCUGAUGAAAACCUUGGAAUGCUUCUUGUAGAAUUUUUUGAACUCUACGGAAGAAAUUUUAAUUACUUGAAAACUGGUAUUAGAAUAAAAGAAGGAGGUGCCUAUAUCGCCAAAGAAGAGAUCAUGAAAGCCAUGACCAGUGGGUACAGACCAUCGAUGCUGUGCAUUGAGGACCCUCUGCUGCCAGGAAAUGACGUGGGCCGCAGUUCCUAUGGGGCCAUGCAGGUGAAGCAGGUGUUUGACUAUGCCUACAUUGUUCUCAGUCAUGCCGUGUCGCCCCUUGCGAGGUCCUAUCCAAACAGAGACUCGGAAAGCACUCUGGGAAGAAUCAUCAAGGUCACUCAGGAGGUGAUUGACUACCGGAGGUGGAUCAAGGAGAAGUGGGGCGGCAAGGCUCCCCCCGCGCCCGAGCCUGAUGACAGAAUUAAGAUAAAGGAACGAAUCAGCACGUGUGACGGGGACCAGCCGCAGCGCCGGGACCCGGAGUCCGCCUACAGCCAGCGCCUGACCCUGUCUCUGCCCAGCCCCCAGCUGCUCUCGUCCGGCUCCUCCACCUCCUCCGUGUCCUCGCUGUCGGGAAGCGACAUUGAUUCCGACACGCCGCCCUGCGUGACGCCCAGCGUCUACCAGUUCAGCCUGCAGGCGCCCACGCCCCUGCUGGCCAGCCUGCCCACCGCCUUGCCGAUGACGAGCGGCAAAGCCCAGCCCGCCACCUCCAGGACGCUGGUCGUGACAACUAACACUCAGACCAGGUUCACGAUACCUCCACCGACCCUCGGGGUGGCCCCUGUCGCUUGCAGACAGGUUGGUGUCGAAGGAGCUCCAGCGUUGAAAGCCGUUCACCACAUGUCUUCCCCGGCCAUUCCGUCCGCAUCUCCCAACCCGCUCUCGAGUCCUCACCUGUAUCACAAGCACAGUGGCAUGAAACUGUCCAUGAAAGGCUCGCAUAGCCAUGGCCAGGGCGGCACGUACGGCUCCGUGGGCAGCGGAGGCGUGCGGCCCCCCGUGGGCAACCGGGGCCACCACCAGUACAACCGCACCGGCUGGAGGAGGAAAAAACACACACACACGAGGGACAGCCUGCCUGUCAGUCUGAGCAGAUAAUGGCCCCGACGGCGCCUCCUGGCCCCCGCUCUCCGCAGACUCAGGCCGGGCGGCCUCGCGCCCGGCCGGGAACUGAGACCAGCAUCCAGCACAGCACGCGGGCCGGGCCCCUCGGGGCGCCCGCCGCCGCUCACUCUGCAUGUUCCUCGUGUGGUGGUCGCGUCCAUCUUCAAGAACAGCUCCCAGUGCUCGUCUGUGAAGCCUUACUCGGCGCGGACGCUGUCCUCCGCCUGCCCGGGCGUCUCCCUCGGCGCCCGGGCGGGCCUGGACAGGGCCUGCAGGACGCGACGUUGGCCUCGGCGCUCCUCGGCAGCGGGUCUGGCUCCCUCGCGGUGCGGCUGUUUUCGUGGCGCGUCUGUCGGAGCGACAGGGGCCGACCCCGGUCUCGUGUCCUCCUCGGCGGGCGGGGCGGGGAGGCCGCCAUCGUCUCACUGCCCUCACGCUUCGUGUCCCGUGUCAGAACUGUUUUUCUAUGUAAAUACUGAGAAGUUAUGAUUUGUGCAAUAACUCAGAUAUUUUUAUUUAAUUCAUAUUUUCACAUAAGUUAUAUUUAAAGGAGGAGGUUUUUUUUAAACAAGCUUAGGUCCUUUCCCGAGUCGCAUUUUCUAAGUUGGGUUCAUCGUGUCGGCUGGUUGUCUGAUGAGCACCGUUACCAACACCGCGAGUGAGGGGCUCGGGGUUUGUUUUCGUGUUUUCCUUUUGGUCAGACGCGGGCGAGGCCUCUCAGCGCCCGGCGGGGGAGCCGAGUGGCCCCGGCGGUUCUCGGAAGCGGCUCGGCCCCCAAGCCCUCUGACCAGCUGCCCGCCGGCCCUGCCCUCCGGCCCGUCUGUUGUCUCGCUCUGACCACAGAGCUUAACGUUUUGGUUUUUGGUUCUUUUAAAGUAGACAACAAAUCCAGCAUUUAAAGUGCCAGAACUUUCUAAGGGGAGAAAGGGUUGUCACAUUAUAAAAUCCUAAAAAAACAAAUGUGAACUUUGAGAUGCUUCCGUCAGUUUUAGUAACGUGGCCUGUAAGGAUGGGUCUGGUGAAUAUCAGUACGGACAAUGGUACCCAGUUUUAGGAAUGUGGAGAAAGGAAUUAUGUUGAUUCCAUUGAGGAAUCUGUAUAGCAGUAUGCCUUCGUUCUGUUAAGAGCAAACCUAUGAGGAGUCCUUCAGCUGCUCAGUGCACCUUGGGGAGUAUUUUUAACGUGUUGCAGGAGAGCACAGCCCAGGGGUGGGGCCGGGGGCGGCUGGCGCCCGACUGGAGAAGCCUACAGGCGUAGUACGCGGGCGCAGUCUGCCGCGGCGGCCACUGUCCUUGGCCUUGUUCUCAACAAGAAUAUGUCCAUCCUGCCUAACCCCGAGUUUUCGGAGCACCACAGUUGUCCUGGGUGUUGUUGGCUGCAUCUCAGAGGCCGUCUGAGCCCCCAGUUCUAAAAUGGGGGUUUCGGCCCUGCUGAACACUACAGGUAGGCUGGUCUUUGAAGUCCACUAGUGGAGAACGUCGAGUCGCGAGACUUACUGCCAUGACACCUGAUCGAUGUGCCGAGUGGGCGCUCUGGAGUGCGGCCUGGUGGUGGGGCCCCAGGGAGGGCGGCUCCGCAUUGUUGCGGCCGGCCUCGGACCCAGGACUGGCUCACAGCGCCGUCGAGAGCUGGGGCUGUGGGCUGUCGGGGUGGUGGGGGGGGGGGGGCGGCAUUCCAGAACAGAGUAGCACAUGUCUGCAGUUCUUGUUGAUCGAAAGUUAUCAAAAAUAUUUAAAGAUAUUUAAAUCGUGAAUCUAUUGAUAAAGAAAUAUUUAUAAAAACUGAUACGUAGGCCUGUACUAAUCUCCGCACAUUAGCAAUAUUGACUGUAACCCUACAUCAAGGAGCCACCGCGGGGCGAGGGCCCCGGGGGGUGUGCAUUUUAAAGCUCGAUUCGUAGACACAGGCGCCACACCCCGUCCCCGUCAUGGUGAACCGAAUGAAUUGGCCUGGCUACCACUGUGGUCACGCGCUACAGGUUGAACAAAACGAUAUCAUGUUUCGAUUUUUUUUUGUGUGUGGACAACAAUGUGGAAGCUAAAAUUGACAUAUUUUUAUGUAAAGUUUUUCUAUUCUUUGAUUUUUAAUAAACUUUGGAAAGCAG